CUCUCCCUGCCCGGAGCGGAGUCCCCCGUGCGGGGACGGCAGGCAGAGCCGAGCCGCGCAGUCCCGGGAACGCAGCAACUUGAGCCAGAGGGCCAUCCCCCAAUAACCCUUUCACUGGAUCAGGGAGAGUGAGUCUGACUGAGACCAGUGGGUGGACAAACAGAAGCCAAAGCUUUCCACAAGAGGAUGAGUGGCAGGGCUGCCCGGAACGGGGACUCCGGUGGCUGGCUGCUGGCACUUUGUCUGGCCUGGCUGUGGACCCACCUGGCCUCGGCUUCCUUGCAGCCGCCAACUCCCACAGGCCUUGUGAAGCAGGGCACCUGCGAGGUGAUCGCUGCGCACCGCUGCUGUAACCGGAACCGCAUCGAGGAGCGCUCGCAGACUGUCAAAUGCUCCUGCUCGACCGGCCAGGUGGCCGGCACCACACGGACCAAGCCAUCCUGUGUGGACGCCUCCGUUGUCCUGCAGAAGUGGUGGUGCCAGAUGGAGCCCUGCCUGCCGGGGGAGGAGUGUAAGGUGCUCCCGGACCUGUCGGGGUGGAGCUGCAGCAGUGGACACAAAGUGAAGACCACCAAGGUCACUCGAUAGCAUUUGGGGGCCAUGGCCUGGACAAGACAGGCUCAUCUGAGCCCUGGACUCAAGAGUACUGUUCCGGAUCCUUCAGCAAACACGAGGCCUCAUUGACCCGAACACCCCCACCACCACCACCACCACCACCACAUUCAGCAUCACUCCUUCCAGGAAAAGUUCCAUCCAGCUGCUCAGCAAGUGUGGAUGGAUCUCUGAUCACAUAUGUUCCUAGCCACGUGCUGAACACUUCUGAGGAUUUGUGCCAGCUCCUGACACAUUGAAGGACAGAUCUCCUGGUUGCUGCCAGACCAGGCCUGUCUCAUUUGGAGGGAUGGACUGACGUGAGGAAGAAAGGCAAACAUGAAGCCAAACAGCGGCUCACUCAAGCUUCUGCAGAGGUGUCACUUGGUGGACACUGUCCGUUGGGCGCUGGAUAGACAGGGCCUCAAAAUCAUCCUUGUCCAAGCACCUCAGGUUUUUGUUUACUUGUUUUAACAAAGUUAAAUUUUGUUUAACAAAAUUACUUGUUUUAACAGAUGAGGAAUCUCAGCGCCAGAGACAUGGGGUGACCUUCCCAAGGUCUCACCCGUGGGUCCUCAAGUCUUUAACACAACUUCCACUCUGGCUGUUGAGAACCAAACCUGGGCCUUCCACGUGGCUGUCUCCGGUACACGAAGAACACAUCGUCCUAGCUGAACAGCGUCAAUGUUUUUGCCUGUUUUGUUUUCCCUCAGGAAAGCUAGAAUAUUCAACAGUCUCUGUCCUCUCAUCUGAAAUAUCCUACCCCUCCUGUCCACUCUGCCUCAGCCCAGACAAUUCCAAACAGUGGUGAGGCUUACCUGAUUUGUGGGUGCCUGGCUCAUGACCGUCAGGGGCCACUCAAUCCAGGGGCAGCUAGGGCAAUCCCAGCUGUCAACCCCACGCCGGGCCUGGGCCACCUCUUCCAGGGUCCUUUGGCAGUGACUGUUGUGACGCUGGCUCCCAAAGAGUCCAGGCGGCUUUAAGGCUGUGGGUCUCCCCCUUCAAAGGUUCCUGCUGGGCAGUAGGGGUGGGAGAUAGGCACUCUGCCAUCGAAGGGGCUUGGCAUUGCCAGACUGACACUCUCAGUGGCGUGGAGAAAACACUCAGGCUUCCGGGUCUCAGGGGCAUGGGUUACUUGGUGAAUGGCAGCCUCCGUGAUUGUUGGAAUCUCCAGGACUUCAGGGACAGGAGUGGGGCCCUUGGGAACAGGGGUGCUGGUAGAGUGGCUCAGAAGACACUGAAUUCUGACCCCCGGAGAAGAUGAUGCGGAUAACAUGCGGGGGCUCUGCUCACCCUCCUUCCCCCACCUCCCCAUUCAGUAAAGCCAAGGCCAGUUGAUAUUGCCCCCUCCUCACCUCAAGUUUAUCUUGUUUUUAUUUCUUUUCUGGUAAUGGGGUGAACAGUGAUGCUGUUUUCUCCCUAGACUGUAAGCCCAGGUUGGCAGGCUAAAUACAGGUGGGUCUCUGCGGAUAGCGUGUUCAGGGAUCAGGGGGGUGGGAAGGAGUUGGUCAAAAUUUUCUCACAGUCUCCAUCGGGGCUGGGGAAUGGAUUAGGAGUUUGGCAAAUGUCUGGGAAAGAUGCAGAGAGUAAAUGGUUUAAGCACUGCCGACCACAUAAAUGCGAUCACGUAUUCUUUGUUUUGUUGUUGCUGGUUUGCUGUGUCCAUUUAUUCUUUUUUGUCUUUCCAGCCUUUUCUUCUUCGUCCCCCACGUCUACCGCUCCCUCCUCCACUUCCAGCUGCCCCGUAGCCUUCAAUGUCUGCUUG